UAUUUAAUCGAGAUGAGUUGUUCGAUAAAGAGGACUAUUUUCUACUACAGUGCUGUAUAAAACAGAUCUAAUUUAAAAUUUGGAUUUCUUUUUAAUGCAGUUCUACUUUAGCAUUAUGGGUUAGGCUGCAACAUUAUUUCCUCAUUUCUAGAAACCUUUGCUAAUCUGAGUACGUACAUUUAACAGCCUGGAAAGUUCUUUCAAAUAAUGUAAACUUGACUUCUAGAUGACAUUAGGAGCUGCAGAUGUAAAGAUGACUUCAGAAACCUCAGGUGGACAUUCUGACCAACCGACCAAGCGUCAAAUGUUGUGGACAUCUCUCAGAUCUUGUCCCCCAUUAUCACCAUUCUCAACAGUCACUUCUUUGGUUCUUCUCAUUUUUCUCAUUUAUGGUACGCUAUGGGGCCUAAUGAGAGAUCCCGUACUGCCAGGUGGGCCUGUAUUUGGACUUUUUGCUAUAGUCAUCAUAUGCUAUUUGGGUGGACAACUCAUGAAACUUCUCAAAGUACCAACGCUUGUAGGGAUGAUGGUUUCCGGUUUCAUAUUACGUAAUGUUCCACAUAUAAACGUUGCUGAAGAUAUACCUGAGGACUGGGCAGGUAAUAUACGAAACAUGGCUCUUGUUCUCAUCCUCCUUCGUGCUGGUCUCGAAGUGGAUUCAGAUGUUCUCAAAUCAAAUAAAGCUACAUGUUCUAAGCUAAUUUUCUUUCCUUUCAUUGUGGAAAGUUGUACUGGAGCAAUAGCGUCUCAUUAUUUAUUGGAAUUGCCAUGGAUAUGGAGUUUUCUACUGGGGUUCAUGCUGGCUGCAGUAUCUCCAGCUGUUGUUCUUCCAGUUAUGCUGAAACUUCAAAAGAAAGGCAUCGGGACAACCAAUGGAAUACCAACGUUAGUAAUAGCCGUCGCUGGAAUAGAUGACGUUGUGGCACUCACUGGAUUCGAGGUUAUACUUGGUAUUACUUUUGCCACAGGUAGUUUAGGAUGGACUAUAGCUCAAGGGCCUUUGGAAGUAUUAGUUGGCAUUAUUUAUGGUGUGCUUCUGGGUUUCAUUUCAUGGUACAUACCUAAUCCUGAAGAGAAAAGCAAAUCUGUGUUUCGUUUUCUGAUACUCUGUUUCGGAGGAACAUUCGUUCUUUUUGGCAGUCAAGCACUAGACUGGGGAGCAGCAGGAGCACUAGGCUGUAUAUGUCUUCCUUUCGUUGCUGCCAUACGAUGGAAAACGAAAGACUGGGAUGAAGAUGACAACCCUGUUGGUCAAGCCCUGGCUUUUGUAUGGAGAAUCAUAGAACCUUUCUUGUUCGGCCUCAUUGGAUCUGAAAUCAGAAUAGACUACUUACAACCUAGCACUAUUG